AAAAGAUGACAAAUUUCACAAACUUGAUCAUACUCUAUCUCAUCUCAUAAUUUCUUUUGGAUUCUUUCUCUUCUAGGUUCUCAUCAGUUCUCACCACAAACUUCCCUUCCCUCAUCAACUCCUCACAAUAUAUAUCCACUCCUCAAAAACACACUCAGUACCUUUAACAUGGGAAUAUCACACAAAAAAACUCCCUUAGACAUGGCAACAGACACACAAACAUCAUCAUCAACACAACCAACAACAAUAAACCAAGAGACAUGGAACCAACUCUUAGGCAACAACAACUGGGAAACCUUAUUAAACCCACUAGACCUCAAUCUCCGCAACCUCAUCCUCCGUUGUGGUGACUUCAUACAAACAACCUACGACUCUUUCAACAACGACCAAAACUCUAUCUACUGCGGUUCAAGCCGUUAUGGCAAAACCUCAUUCUUUAACAAAGUCAUGCUUGAAAACCCUACACACUACACUGUUGUUUCUUUCCUUUAUGCUACAGCACGUGUUUCUGUUCCUGAAGCUUUUAUUCUUCACUCACUUUCACGUGAGAGUUGGGACCGUGAGUCUAACUGGAUUGGUUACAUCGCUGUUAGUUCCGAUGAACGGAGUAGAGAGUUGGGUCGUCGUGAAAUAUAUGUUGUGUGGCGUGGUACCACGAGGGACCUUGAAUGGAUUAACGUGUUUGGUGCUGCUCCGGAAUCUGCUUCUGGUUUGUUGAGUGCUAAAAGUCUUCGUGAAUUCAACCUCCCAAACAACAAUAAUAAGGAUGACGGUAGCAGCAGCAGUGACGAUGAGGAUGACAAGAGUGUCCCGAAAAUAAUGAAGGGCUGGCUGACAAUUUACACCUCAGACGACCCAAAAUCACCUUUCACAAAAACAAGCGUGAGAACACAGGUUCUAAACAUAGUAAAAAGUUUGUUGAACAAAUACAAGAAUGAAAAUCCAAGUGUGGUGCUAGUAGGACAUAGUCUAGGUGCAAGUUUGUCAAUUGUGAGUGCUUUUGAUUUGGUGGAGAACGGUGUAACAGACAUUCCCGUUACUGCAUUUGUGUUUGGGUCCCCACAAGUUGGGAACAAAGCUUUCAAUGAUAGGUUCAAAAAGUUUCAAAAUUUGAAGGUUUUGCAUGUGAGGAAUGUGAUUGAUCUUAUACCACAUUAUCCAGGGAAGUUAUUGGGGUAUGAGUAUACAGGGACAGAGUUGGUGAUUGAUACAAGAAAGUCGACGAGUUUGAAAGACUCGAAGAAUCCGAGUGAUUGGCAUAAUUUGCAAGCUAUGUUGCAUAUUGUGGCUGGUUGGAAUGGGAGUGAUGGAGAGUUUGAGGUGAAGGUGAAGAGGAGUUUGGCUUUAGUGAAUAAGUCGUGUGAUUACUUGAAGGAAGAGUGUCACGUGCCGGCGUCAUGGUGGGUUGCAACGAAUAAAGGUAUGGUGCGUAGGGAGGACGAGGAAUGGGUUGAUGCACCAGAGAAGGAGGACCUGCCUGUGCCUGAAGAGUAUUAACUCUGUCUAUGCCUAUAAGGAAUAAUCCAUGUUACCAUGCUGUAUAACAUUGUAUUGUCCUUUGUUUUUGUUUGUUACUCUAUUUCAAUUCAACAGUUAACGAAUGAUAUUUUACUUCCUUUUCUCUGAAUAA